CAAAAGUGAAAAUUAGAUUUUGGACAGUCCCUGCCCACUUCCACCUGGUGUUUUAUUAGGUAUGAAGAAACUGGAAGAGUUGUACUUUGGAGAAUACUUCAAAACAAGAGAUGAAGAAAAGGGGUACAUUAUUAAAGAGGUAAAUUCACCGAUUGCUCUUGACACUUUCCAAAUUUCCAUAGAUGAUACUCAAUUUUUGAUGCAAAUAUUACAAGUAAUGUGUGUUGAGAACUUGAAAAGAUAUGAAAUCGUCAUGGCGGAAGAAAGUGACUUAGUACUGGAGAUUAUCAUGUCACAUGGAGGCGUGCUUCAGCCAAUGAUGCUGUAAUUACAAGACAGUUUUUCGAGGUAGAAAGAGAUAAAGUUACACGCUGAAAUGCUGAACGUGGAAUGUUAAGUAUGAAGCAUUUAUUGACAUAUGAGUCAUUUUUUGUAGUGUAUUGAAGGGAAAACUAGAAUGGAAGAAGAAGAGAUUGAAGAGAAUAAUGUGAGAUUUUUGGGAGGUGGUGGCGGAGAGACUAGGUCGAUAGAUGGAAAUGAAUUAGAUUUAGAGCCACCACCAUGGUCUUUGAUGGGUAAUGUGGAGAUUAGUGAAGCGAAAAGAAGAAAAAUGAAAAAGGCAGGGAUUGAAGAGAGUGGUGAGAGAUUGUUCAGGUGUGGUGGUGGUGGUGGAGACGGCGGUGGCGGGGAGAUUAGGUGGGUGGAUGGAAGUGAAUUGGAUUCAGAAUCACCACCAUGGUCUUUGGUUGGUGAUGUGGAGAUAAUUUAAGGGUUAGGAUCUUUUAGGAGGAGGCUUGUAAAGAAACCUAAUAGAGUAGAUUCUUUUGAUGUUGAAGCUAUGGAACUUGCUGACUCUUUUGGACAUCAUAAAAAGUUUUGAAUUUCUUAUCUUAAUGAAUUGUCUCAUGGUGUUUCAAGAUUUCUAGUGGUUUGAAUAUUAUUGUUCUUAGAGUAAUUGAAUUGAUCUUUACUAGUAUAUUAUUUGUAUUGUAAUCAUGUCUAGCCCACUGGAAUGGAAAAGAUUAAAAUGUACAAUGACGAAUUUUCUAGAAUUGCAAAUUAUUGUGAAGUGAAGUUCUGCCUUAAUUUGUAAUUCUCAAUUUUCAAUUUCACCCCACCAUCCUUUAGGUGCCAAGUUUCAUCUCCACUCGAUAAUUCUCAAAGUACAGUUCAAUGGAAAAAAAAAAUCAGCAAAUUUCAAUGGUAAACAAUGUUGAGGCGAGUGUCUCGCUUUCGACUAACAAUUAGCUAGAUGAUGCACCUUUCAGUAUUUUUUUCUGUUUUCCUUAUUAAGAUUAUCUUCAACAAAUCAGGAUAUUUCUCUUUGGAGAACUCUUGUUUUGGCAUUUCAGAUACUUGGUGUAGUAUAUAGUGAUAUGGGCACAAGCCCUUUAUACGUCUUCUUUGAUGUAUUCAGUAAGGUACCCAUAACGUUAGAGGUCAAUGUCUUGUGAGCUUUAUCGCUUGUAAUGUACACAAUUGCUUUCAUUCCUUUAACAAAAUACGUUUUUGUGGUGCUCAAGGUGAAUGGUAAUGGGGAAUGUACUAACUUUUUGCUUAAAAAUAUGGUUUGGCAAAUUCCAUACUAACGACUUCCAUUGUUCGAUUUGUAGGAGAAACAUUUGCAUUAUAUUCAUUGAUUUGCAGGUAUGCAAAUGUUAAUCUUCUUCCAAAUAGUCAACAGGCAGAUGAAUAUAUAUCGAGUUUCAAGUUCAAACUUUCGACUCCAGAACUUGAAAGGGCUUUGAGUAUAAAAGAUGCAUUGGAACAUAAGUCUUCUUUGAAAACCCUUCUUUUACUUUUGGUUCUUAGGGGGACAUCUAUGAUUAUAGGGGACGGUAUUUUGACGCUGACUAUUUCUGGUAUAUAAACCCUUUGCCUAUCCUAGAACUAAAUAAGAAAAGUAACGAUAUUGCAUAACAAUAUAUUUUUACUGUAGUAAUGUUUGUUGUGAGCGGUCUUCAGGGUCGGAUACUAGGAUCUGGUACAGGUAGGUAAACCAAGUUUCUACUUCUUAUUAACUAGCAUAGGAGUAUAUGAUGCAGGAAUGUAUCAAUUUGAUAAAGAACAAUAAAAGAAAGUGGAAAAGGGGAUCAAGAGAAGAAAUGAGGGCAAGAGAAAUAUUUUAUUCAUAUAUUCAAUGUGUACUUAUUAUAAUU